AUGCCGACACCCGAGUCAAUUCAGUUCCGCAUGCAAAAGCCCAAGGUGCCGCCAACAUUCGAGGGCGUCGACUACGACAACAACUUGCAGCUCAAGGCAGCCCAGGAUGCCGUCCUGCGCGAGCAAUGGGUUCAGAGCAUGAUGGCCCGCCUACUCAGAGAGGAGAUGGGCAAGUGCUACUACCGUGAGGGCGUCAACCACCUCGAGAAGUGCGGCCACCUCAGAGAGCGCUACCUCGAGCAAUUGAAGCACGCCAAGGUCAAGGGUUACCUCUUCGAGCAACAGAACACUACCCCCACCAGCUCAUAA